AUGGUCAAAGAUGGGAUUUUUCUCGGACACAAGAUCUCCAAGAAGGAAAUCGAGGUUGAUAAGGCAAAUAUCGAGGUGAUGAUGAGCCUGCAACCACCAACAUCAGUCAAGGGAAUCCGAAGCUUCGUGGGGCCUGUCGGUUUCUACAGGAGGUUCAUCAAGGACUUCUCAAUGAUCGCAAGACCGCUCACUAGACUGCUCUGCAAGGACACCAAGUUCGAGUUUGACAGCGUUUGCUUGACUGCUUUCCAUACGAUAAAUGGAGCAUUGAUAAGUGCACCAGUCGUUCAGCCUCCAGACUGGGACUUACCUUUCGAGAUCAUGACAGAUGCGAGUGAUUUCGCAGUGGGAACAGUGCUGGGACAGCGAAAAGAUAAGAAACUGCAUGUGAUCUACUACGCGAGCAGGAUAAGGGAUGAAGCCCAAUGCCGAUAUGCCACAACCGAGAAAGAGCUUUUAGCCAUUGUCUAUGCCUUCGAGAAAUUUAGGUCCUACCUAGUAGGUUCUAAAGUGAGUGCACACAAAUCACGCGGCUCUGAGACUGUUCCGCCGACUGUUCCGCAGACUCUUCCACAGACCAGGAGCGAUCAAGAAGAGAUAUUCCCACCUACCUUGGAUGAACCAUUCCUGUAUCGACACUGCAAGGGUGGAGUGUUCCGACGAUGCGUUCCAGAAAUUGAGAUUCCAGGGAUCCUCCAUCACUGCCAUGGUUCCUCCUAUGCCGGACACUUCAUAGCAUUCAAGACAAUCUCCAAGGUCUUGCAAGCCGGUUUCUGGUGGCCCACAAUGUUCUGUGAUGCUCAAGCUUUCAUCUCCAUGUGCAACUCGUGCCAAAGACAGGGGAACAUCAGCAAGAGGAACAAGAUGCCUCAGAAUUUCAUACUUGAGAUUGAGGUGUUCGACUGUUGGGGAAUUGAUUUCAUUGGACCAUUCCCACCUUCGUACAAGAACGAGUACAUUCUAGUCACGGUGGACUAUGUCUCAAAGUGGGUAGAAGCAAUCGCCAGCCCCACUAAUGACGCACGUGUUGUGACCAAGAUGUUCAAAACUAUAAUCUUUUCAAGGUUUGGAGUACCUAGAGUGGUCAUAAGCGAUGGAGGGACCCACUUCAUCAACAAGGUUUUCCAAGGCCUCUUGAAGUAG